AUGUUCUCAACAGCUCGCCGGCGCUGCGCCCGCAGCUUGCUGACACCCUCGCCGGCGAAGACCGAUUCGCUCCCUCUGUUCCUCCUGCCGGCCUUCCAGACGCCCGCCGCUGCGCGCGGCUUCGCAUCGACUUCACCAUGCCAGUCUAAGAUCGGCUCUUCGCCAUUGUCUAUUCCGCCAGGCGUCACAUUCAAGGUCAUCGCGCCAUCUGCUAGAGGAAGAGGAGCGCGCGCGCAGGCGAUGUCGACGGUGCAGAUCAAGGGGCCGCUUGGCGAGCUCUCGAUGGAUGUCCCGGCCUAUGUGAACAUCAACCAAGAUCCUGCUCUGUCAGGCCCCACGCUCACUGUGGAGGACGCUACAGACAAGAAGCAGAAGGCUAUGUGGGGAACAACCCGCGCCUACCUCCAAAACCACAUCCUCGGCGUGAGCGAAGGUCAUUCCGCAAUCCUCCGCUUUAACGGUGUCGGUUAUCGUUCAACGAUCGAAAAGACUGCUACGACCGUUGAAUCAGAAUACCCCGGCCAAGAGUUCGUGAACUUGAAGGUGGGAUACUCUCACCCGAUUGAAUUGGGUAUUCCCAAGGGCAUGAAGGCAAGCACGCCGCAACCAACACGGUUACUAUUAGAAGGUCCUGAGAAAGAGGUUGUCAUGCAAUUUGCAGCAAAGAUAAGGAUGUGGAGAGUACCGGAGCCGUACAAGGGCAAGGGUAUCUUCGUGAACGGAGAGACAAUCAAGCUGAAGAACAAGAGGACGAAAUAG